AUGGGUUACAAAUUGACAGUGUGAUAUUGGUGAAAAGUCUUAAUUAACUCAACUUUUAUGGAUUUGUUAUAAUUCUACUGGUUAUUUAUUUAAAUCUUCGUCCGAUAUGUAGAGUUGGUUCAAUUUUUUUAAGUCUAAUUCCAACUUUACGUCCCACAAACUCCUACGUAAGACAUCAAUUGCAAUGUUGCCUUUAUACCAUUACCAGCGCUGUUGGCGUUGCUAAAGCAAAGAAUGAGUUGAUAAAAAUGAAGUCUUAGUCUUCUGGUCUUUGUUAAAAAUUCCGGAAACUUGCUGGUGGGCUUCUUGGAAGGUGUUCUCCCUAUUUCUGAUACUACACUUUCUUUCUUCUUCUGGCCGAUUGAAGGUUGUUGCUGGCGGGAAAUCUAACAUGGCAGACAUGCUUAUUUCAGGAGUUGUCCGAAAACUUGCUGAUAUAGCUGGUAAUCUAAUAGCAAAAGAAGGCUCUCGCUUGUCAGAGUUGAAAGAAAACAUUGUUUGGAUUGGAGAUGAGAUGAGGUGUAUUAAAUCUUUCUUGGAAGAUGCUGAUGCAGUAGAGUCAGAAAGCAGAGGAUUGGCUGACUUCAUCAGGAGCAUUUGGGAUCUUGCUUACGAUUUGGAGGAUAUCAUGGAAGCGUACUUCCCUAAGCUAUCACCACUUAGAAGGAAUGACUGGAAGGGGUGUCUUGGUUGGUUUUUGAGUGCUAAAACUGUUCGUGACUUUGCCGUGGAGAUCGAAGAAAUAAGACGAAGGGUCGAGGAGAUCAAUCGCAGGAGACAGACUUAUCAAGUCCCAGAUGCAAGUGGCCAUCCUGGAAGAGAGGUGAGGGAUUCAAGAAGAACUUUUCCUCACACUGACGAAGUAAAUGUUGUUGGUAUGGACGAACACGUUGAGGAAUUGGUGGCCAAAGUGUCGGAUCAAGAUUCAGAGCAUCGUGUGAUCUCAAUAACAGGCAUGGCUGGUAUAGGCAAGACAACACUGGCCAGAAAGGUAUAUAAUUCUGUUAGACAAAGUUAUGAGUGUUCAGCUUGGAUUUAUGUCUCUCGACAACCAAACCCAAAUGAACUUUUACAUGAUAUAGCAAGGCAAGUUGGCUUGACGAAGAAGGAGCGCAACCACAACAUGGAGGGUAAUUUGUUCCAGAUUUUAAGCCUAAAAAGGUAUGUGGUAGUAAUUGAUGAUAUAUGGCAGAUUGAAGCAUGGGAUGCUUUAAAAAAUGGCAUUCCUGUUAAUUCCAUGAAUGGCAGUAGAAUAAUCAUCACUUCCCGAUGCAAAUAUAUGGGUGUACAAAUUGGUGGGCAAAUUUUUUUAUAUGAAUUGCAACCCUUAGACGAAGAAAAGAGUAGGGAGCUAUUCUUCAAAAUGGUUAUAGCUGCCCCACAGGACAAUGAUGAAGAUGGUGAUCCCUCACAAUUGGAAAACAUUGGUGAGAAAAUACUAAAGAGAUGUGGCGGUGUGCCGCUUGCGAUAAUAGUUAUAGCAGGCCUCUUGUUAUCAAGAGAGAGAAACAUACACGCAUGGAAAGGGGUAUUAGAGAGUAUAGGUAAAGAUGAAGACCAAUGUUCAAAGAUCUUUUCUUUGAGCUACAAGGAUUUACCUUCAAUGAUGAAACCAUGUUUUUUAUACUUUGGUCUAUUUCCAGAGGAUCAUGAAAUUUCCGCAUUCAAACUAAUCAAUUUAUGGGCAGCUGAAGGAUUUAUUCAUGGCAGUGGAGUAAGAGAGGUUGAGGAUGUGGGGCAAGAUUACCUAAAUCACCUAGUUGGUAGAAACCUAAUUCAAGUUGUCGAGAGGAGGUCCAACGGGACAGUUAGACUUUGUCGUAUUCACGAUAUAUUGCACGACCUUUGCAUUAGGAAGGCUAGGGAGAUGAACUUUUUUAACACUCUCAAUGAUGUAGCCACUUGUGCAAAUUGGCUUGCACCACGCAGAGUCACUGCCCAUCAAAAUGAUGCUGGCAACUACGUAUCUCAAAAUUAUCAAACUCCAAAGCUUCGGGCUUUGUUAUGUUUCGAUAAUUUGAUAAGCAUAGGUUGGGAGCUGGUUGAGCAGCCAAUUAAGCUUCGUCAUAGAAACUUCAAAUCUCUUCGGGUGCUAAUAAUAAAGCUCUACACUCAGAAGGCGGCCCCUAUGAAUGAAAUUGUGAAGUUAAAACACCUCCAUCACCUUGAAUUGGGAGGGUGGUAUUUUAUGGAGCUUCCUUACGCCAUAAGCAAUUUGAAAAAUUUGUUGACCUUGGAUCUACAUCAAUGCCGCAAACUCAUCCUCCCUGAUGCCAUCUGGAAAAUGAAGCAACUAAGACAUAUUAUAUUACCUCGUAAAUGUCGGGCUCCUUCAGUCUGUGGGGUCAACUUGGAUAGCCAUAGGUUCCUUCCAUUUGAAGUUUCUUUACCAAACCUGCAGACCCUCUAUGAAUUGCCUGUCAAACUUUUUGAGGCCAAUUGGUUGCACAAACUUGAUAGUUUGAGAAGACUGAAAGUCUAUUUUCCAACUGAGCAUAUCAUUGAGGUAUUGUCAAGUGCAAACUCCCUGUCACAGAGGCUAGAAGAAUUGCUUUUAUUAUCGCGAGACCGUACAGAUACUUGUGUUCCAAUUGGAGGAUUAUUUACUGAAUUUAGCUCAACAUUGGAUCUGUCUAAAUAUGUAAGUCUUGGUAAGUUACUCGUCAGCGGGUGCAGCAUGGUGGAUUUUCCACGACAUGACAAACUGCCAACAUGCCUCACAGAGCUUAUCCUUGAGUACACUAUGCUGGAAAUGGACCCAAUGGUGACUUUGAAGAAACUACCAAGACUUAAGAUCCUUAUACUUGGAUUUGAUUCAUACUUUGGGGAGGAGAUGGUAUGCUCUGGAGAAGCUGACAGCUUUCCUCAACUCAAAAUAUUGAAAAUUUAUUCAAGCGAUCUGGAGGAGCUUGUAAUUGAGGAAGGAGCAAUGCCCAAACUCAAGGACCUUACCCUCACUCCCUGCAUACCGAGAAUGAGAGUUCCAGAUAGAAUCAGAAAUAUAAUCAUGAUUUACCCAUACAUAUCAGAUUACACCUACCUCCCCUGGAUGAGACUUGGGAGGCAUGCUUAUCCGUGACUUCAUUUUGGAAGAUGAAAGCACCAUCUAAAGGAUGAAUUCAUGGGCUCUUGAUCUUCAGACUGCUUGCUUCUCAAUCUAUUCUUGCGACAUGACGUCUUUCGGUUGAUUGCUUCUCAUGAGAAGGAAUGGUUUCUGCUUUUGUGAUUUGGUAUCUUGGUUGCUAUAUAAUUACCCUUAGAUGUUGUCUGAAUUUAUCACUGGCUUUGAUGGAUGUUCAAUAAAUUUACAUAUAUUGA